GUCCGGCGGCUGGAGUCCCUGCUUCCUCCUUAGAGGGCAGCAGCGAAGCGUCUCGGGAACGCAUGCGCCCCAAUUUGCGCCCGGGGAAUUAAAGCGAGAGAAGAAAAGCCCCAACAAAACCCGCGCCCUAAACAAAACCCAAGUGGAGGAAAGCGCGCGGCCCUGCAGCCCCGGGGCCGUGAAGGCGCCUCCCGCCUUGCCCGCGUCCCCGGCCGCAGCGUGAUGCGCACGGACCGGCCCGCGACGCCCCGGCCGCCACUGUCCCCGCACCUGGACGCCGGUCCGGUGGCCGCGCCGCAGCCGCGCUCGCUCGCCGCCGCCGCCGCCGCCGCGGCUUCCUCGGAGUCGUCCGGCGCCGGCGGGGCACCUCGCUCUCCAUGGGGCUGAGGGCCUGGCUGAGGACCGUGUGCUGCUGCUGCUGCCCGUGCAGGUGCCUGGAGGAGCCCGCCGUGCCCGAGAAGGAGCCCCUGGUCAGUGAUAACAAUCCAUAUUCUUCCUUUGGAGCCACCCUGGCGAGGGAUGAUGAAAAGAAUCUGUGGAGUGUGCCUCACGAUGUGUCCCACACAGAGGCAGAUGACGACAGGAUCCUCUACAAUUUGAUCAUUGUUCGUAAUCAACAGGCCAAAGAUUCAGAGGAGUGGCAAAAACUCAACUAUGAUAUCUACACCCUGCGACAGAUUCGAAGGGAAGUGAGAAAUAGAUGGAAACGCAUUUUAGAAGAUUUAGGUUUUCAAAAGGAAGCAGACUCUUUGUUGUCAGUGACAAAACUCAGCACCAUCAGUGAUUCUAAAAACACAAGGAAAGCUCAGGAGAUAUUGCUGAGACUGGCUGAAGAGACCAAUAUUUUCCCAACCAGUUGGGAGCUUUCGGAGAGAUAUCUCUUUGUUGUGGACCGUCUCAUUGCACUCGAUGCUGCAGAAGAAUUCUUUAAAAUUGCCAGUCAGACGUACCCCAAGAAGCCUGGGGUCCCAUGCCAGUCAGAUGGCCAGAAAGAACUGCACUACCUUCCCUUUCCAAGUCCCUAAGGGAGAGGCUACGAGGCAGAAUGGGAUUUCUUCCACUGGUACUCAACAGCCUACCAAAGCUGGACAGAUGCGUGUAAAAGAGAAUGAGCAAGAAGAGGGCUAGAGGGCUUCCCUGGUGGCGCAGUAGUUGAGAGUCCGCCUGCCGAUGCAGGGGACGUGGGUUCGUGCCCCGGUCUGGGAAGAUCCCACAUGCCGAGGAGCGGCUGGGCCCA